UGCGCAUGCACGGCUCCGGAAGCGCACAGCGCGGCAAUCGGCGGUGCGCUGUGUCCCUUGGUCAUAGCGGAUCACCGAUCCACAGAAAGAGCCGAAGAUGUCAGCUUGGUCAUGUGAUCAGCUGUGUCCAAUCACAGCUGAUCACAUAGCAGAGCCGGUAAUCGGCAUCCCUCAGAGGGGACAUGUGUCCUGAUGAUCAGUGUAGCCCCAGCAGUGCCACCUGUCAGUGUCCAUCAGUGCCAGCUCUCAGUGCUCAUCCAUGCCACCUGCCAGAGUCCAUCAGUGCCACAUCAAUGCCACAUAUCAGUGUCUACCAGUACACAUUAAUGCCACAUAUCAGUGCCCAUCUGAGCUGCCUUUCAGUGUCACCCAUCAGUGCCAGUCAGUGCCACCUAUCAGUGCCAAUCAGUGCCACCUAUCAGUGCUGCCAAUCAGUGCCACCUAUCAGUGCCAGUCAGUGCCACCUAUCAAUGCCAGUCAGUGCCACCUAUCAGUGUGCAUCAGUGCCACCUAUCAGUUCCUGUCAG